AUGGCGGAAUUGGGAUUCCCGGGACUCUCAGAAAAUACCCUGCAUGACAAAUUGCUUCAACUAGAGUGUCACUUCACAUGGGAUUUGAAAAAAGAAGAAAUUAAGAUUAACGAUUUGGAAAUCACAAUUCCUGAAAAUAUACAAUUCUCCGUGGAAAAAUAUAAGGGAAAACUCUACAAUUACCUUGCUUAUGUGAAGCACCUGAAAGGUUUUAAUGAAGAAGCCCUGAAAUAUCUAGAACAAGCUGAAGAGAUAACAAAGAAGGACCAUGAAGAUGAAUUUGAGAAGCUGGUCAUUGUUACUUAUGGAAACUUUGCUUGGGUGCACUAUCACAUGGGUGAGCUCACCAAAGCCCAGAGCUACCUGGAGAAGCUGGAAGACAUUUGCAAGACGUUCCCCACAGCCUCCCGCUACAGUGUCCUUCUUCCUAUUGUGUACGCGGAGAAGGGAUGGUCCUUUUUGAAGGUCUGUGAUGAGAAACAUUAUAAGAUAGCAAAAGAAUGUUUUGAAAGGGCUCUUGAAGAAGAGCCAGAUGAGAAGGAGUGGAAUGCUGAUUAUGCCAUUGUGCUGUACCGCCUUGAAACGUUUGGACCUUCAGUUUGUGCUGAAGACUCAGUUGCACUAAAACAGUUAAAACAUGCUCUAGAGCUAGAUCCAGAAAACCCAGUUCUCAUGGUACACCUGGGAAUAAAACUGCAGCUUUAUGAACAAAAUGAGGAAGCCCUGAAAUUAGUGAAUCAAGCUCUGAAGCUGUCACCACAAAGCCCCAGUGUUGCUGUACAUGCAGCACGGUUUUUCAGAAACCAUGGCUGUCCAGACAAAUCCUUGGAGGUAUUAAAAGAGGCGUUGCAAGCAGCACCAGAUUCACAUCCUCUGCACUAUCAAUUAGGACUUACCUACAGAUCCAAAAUUGGCAAAUUCCAGGGCCAGAGGAAUCAGGAUCCCACAGAGUUUGAGCAAUUUGUUAAAUUAAGUAUUGUACACUUAGAAAAGGCUGUUAGGAUGAAGCCAUCAAAAAUUCAACCUCAGUUAGAUCUGGCACAAAUGUAUGCAGAAUCUAACAACAUGCCACAAGCAGAAAAUAUAUAUCAGAGGUUAUUUGACACGCCAUUUACAUGGCUUGAUGAUAUACAGAGAUUACAUCUUUGUUUUGGGAACUUCCAGUAUUAUUACAAAAAAUCAGAGCCUGAUGCUAUUAAACAUUAUAAAAUUGGAUUACAAAUGCAAAAUACAUCUAUAGCAAGCAACAAGUGUUAUGCUCGGCUACAAAAAAUCGCCAGAAAACGUAUUGCAAUGAAUCAACAUGCAGAAGGUUUUGCCAUUUUGGCUUCAGCUCAUGAACUCAGAAACGAGCUACCACAAGCAAUCGACUACUAUGAGAAGGCAUUGAAGCAUGACCCAGACAAUGAAAGAUACAUGGGUGCUAUUUUUGACCUGUGUGACUCAUUGCAGUACAAAGGCACUGUAUAAUCUUUUCACAAGUGUGUCUGUAUAAUAUGCUCUACCUCAAGAAAUACUCGUACUAAAAUAAAUUAAAAUUCAAUGAUAGAGGUGGAAUAUUUAUUGCUACUCCUGUUUUGUUAUUUUCUGAUUGUGUCAUUAUUAUGACAUUAUGACAACAGAUUUAUCCAUUUUUAAAUAUUAAAGUGAUGUUACUAUUUGGAAAGACAACCGCAAAACGUAUCAUUGAUAAUCAUACUAUGUCCGAAUUACGUGAUGUGGCUUGACCCAAUGAAUUGAUUUUUGUCAUUGUUUACCAGCUUUGAAUCAUUAGAGAAAUAU